AUGGGUUCUCUAGCCACGACGACUCAACUGAAGAUCAGCCAAGAGAGCUUGGCGGGACUGCUCCAUGAGAGUUGUCAAUUCGGCGCCGCACAUCGAUAUGGAGAAGCAUCCAUCGAUACCGGCAUGGCUCGACUUAGCCUGAGUGACGCAGACAAGCAAGUAAGAGAUUGGUUCAUGCAGCACGCCAAGUCGCUCGGCUGCGAGACCUUCUAUGAUGAGAUGGGCAACUUGUUCGCAAUUCGUGCUGGAAAGAACAAGGAUGCGCCGCCAAUCAUGAUGGGAUCCCAUCUUGACACGCAGCCUACUGGAGGUCGCUACGAUGGCAUAUUGGGGGUCAUCGCGGGUCUCGAGGUGUUGCGAGUGCUGAGCGAGAAUGGCUACGAGACCGAAGGGCCAGUUGGCGUCGUCAAUUGGACAAACGAAGAGGGUGCGCGGUUCCCGAAAAUGGCCGUAGCUUCAGGUGUAUGGGCUGAAGCCAUCCCACUUCAAACAGCCUGGGACCUGAAGGAGGUAUCGUCACGGGAUGGUCAGCUCAAGUCCAUGAAGGAGGAGCUCGACAGAAUUGGAUACACUGGCGAACGCGCGGCUUCGUAUCGCACAAAUCCCUUUGCCGCACACUUCGAGCUACACAUUGAGCAAGGACCUAUUUUGGAAGAUGAAAAGGAAAAGAUCGGCAUCGUUCAGGGCGUGCAAGCUUUCAAAUGGUUCAACAUCACAGUCAGGGGUCGUGAUAGUCACGCCGGAACAACGCCAUUGUACGCGCGCAAGGACCCAGUGCUCUGUGCAAGCAAGCUCAUCGUUGCGGCUAACGCCGUCGCUCAUGAGCUCAACGGUCUCGCCACGACGGGCAUCUUCACUACAGACCCAGGAAGCAUCAACACAAUGGCGCACACAGUCAAGUUCACCCUCGAUGUGCGGCACGUAGAGGACGCAGUAUUGGGCGAAAUGGUGCGCCGCUGCGAGGAGGAGUUCAAGCGUAUCGGCGAGGAUGACAGCGGGAAAGGAUGCACUGUCGAGUGGGAGCUGCUGGUUGACAGUCCGGCCGUUCGGUUCCACCCGGAUUGUAUCGCUGCUGUCGAGGCGAGUGCAGCUGAUGUGUGCUCUACGCUUCCCGAGGCUGGGGACCGGAAGAUGUUCAGGCCGAUGAUUAGCGGCGCCGGACAUGACAGUUGCUACACAAGCCUGCGGGUGCCGACAAGCAUGAUUUUCACACCGACAAGGGAGGGUAUCAGUCACAAUCCUACAGAAUUCUGCUCAUCGGAGGAUUGCGCGAUUGGUGCUAAUGUGUUACUUGGGGCGGUGCUUCGAUAUGACAGACUGCGUGCCGGAAAAUAA